GUGCAGAACAUCUCUCCUCCCAGCAGAGCGCGUUCCCCGGCUCGACCUCGGUAGCUGAUCCGGGCGGAGAGGCUCGUCUGUCGGCUGCAGCUGCUCCGUGUGGGGGGGGGGCUCCGGAGGAAGGAGGGAGGAAGACCCUGCAGAGAAGAAGAGGCUUAACGGGGGAGGACAGCCGGGUGCGAGGGAUGGCAAACGAGCCGGUCAUCCUGAACGUGUAUGAUAUGUACUGGAUCAAUGAGUUCACCAGCACUCUGGGCAUCGGAGUCUUUCACUCAGGGAUCGAGAUCUAUGGAAGAGAGUUUGCCUACGGCGGACACCCGUACCCAUUCUCAGGGAUCUUUGAGAUUACACCCGGCGAUGCAACCGAACUCGGCGAGACAUUUAAGUUCAAAGAAGCCAUCGUCUUGGGCAGCACAGACUUCACGGAGGAGGACGUGGAGCGGAUCGUGGAGGAGAUGGGGAAGGAGUACAAAGGCAACGCCUACCACCUCAUGCACAAGAACUGCAAUCACUUCUCCUCGGCACUGUCAGAGAUCCUGUGUGGGAGGGAGAUCCCUCGCUGGGUCAACCGCCUGGCCUACUUCAGCUCCUGCGUGCCGUUCCUCCAGAGCUGCCUGCCCAAAGAGUGGCUGACCCCGGCCGCCCUGCAGUCCAGCGUCAGCCAGGAGCUCCAUGGAGGAGGAGGAGUGGGGGAGCUGGAGGAGGCGGAGGACGCCGCUGCCUCGGCCUCCCUGGCCUCCAUGUCGCCCUGCUCCCCAGCAUCAUCCUCCUCCAGCCCCUCCUCUUUGCCUCGUCAUUCCCGCCUCCAGCCCCGCCGGUAGACGCUGCUGGGAGACCUGCAUGAAGCCCGUCAGUCACGUGAUCCGGAGCCGUGGAGGCCACAAAGGCGGGUCCAGCUCUCUGGACAUCCGGACCGCCUCCCUUCAUGCCGGUCUCAUUACUUUUAGACCGGAAGCCGAAGUGUCUCACAUUAACCAGCCCACGUCCAGAUGUUUCCAGCGGUUAGUCGCUGGAUGGUGCUACUCCCCAGUCUGUUUGUUGUGGUGGAGACCAGCGAGACGGCGGUCUGACCUUCAAACCACCGGAUUUCAUUUGAGUCAUCAAAACCAUCAAACAAGCACUUUUGAUAAAGAAAACGACAGACGGAUCAGACAGGAAAUACAGAGUUAUUAUUUCAGACUUUCACUUUUUCUUUCUUGUGAAAUCCUGGAUGGUUGGACCUCUUCAGGCUGUUUGACGCAGCGUUCCAGAGGCAAUGCAGCUCACAGUCCUCGUUGUUCCCGCUGCACCUGAAGGGCUCUUUACAUACUGAACAUCCCAACAAGGUGGUGGACAUUCAAAGAUCCACUCAGACGUUGCAUUUUCCAUCUGAAGAGAAACAGUUUUUUCUAUCAUUCUGGUUUUUAAACUCCCAGUGGCUCAGCUCUGGUUUCAUGUGGUCUGCGGUCCGGUAAACAUUCACACUGCAGCCAUGUGGAAUGUGUGAGCUCUGCCUCAACAUGCUGUUUGUGCAUCCGGACCUCAGACUUUUAUUGUGAAAACCUCACUUCUCCUCAAAGUCCACACAGACACAAAUAAACUGAUCCAGAGCCAGCCGGUCGUUUUUACGUUUCUUUUCCUCCUUUUUUUAUUUUUUAUCAGCUCCGCCUGAUUUAAGAAAAAUUCAACUCGCUUGAAGCCAAUUUAAAAAAAAAAAAAAAAAAAAGUUUUUAUGAAAAUUAUGAAAAAACAACAGUUAUUUAUUCACCAGUAAUGUUUGAGUUAGAGAAGCCUUUUUGUUACCAGAAAUAAAAGACAGUAACUUAUUUCUCAGUAGCAACCGCCAAGGUGCCUUUGAGCAAAGGUACUAGAACCCUACAAGUGUCCCAGUGGCCGCCAGUAGAACACUGUGGUCGUACUGGUGUGUUCACGUCUCUUUACACCUACAAAUAAAUCCAAGGUUGAAGUUUACAUGAAGGACGUGAUGAUGGCCUGAAAGCGUGUCCUUCCUAACAGCCGAUGCUCUUUGGAGUUCAUCUGGAGCAUUUUCAGGUUUUCAUUUCAGCCGUUUCUUCAUUUAAUGUUUGAAAAGUCCUCACGUUCUAUCAUCUUCAAAAAGUACAACUUCACACUUCACAAGGAGAUGCUGCUUUUUCCUCUAGCGUGUUUCUGUCAUACGGGGUUUAUGUUUGAUCAACUCAGGACUCCUAAAGCUCUUUUUUAUGUUUCUGUUCCUUUUUUUCUGAUGCAGUUGUCACUCCAGAGAGCUUUUUCACAAACGUGCAGUUUUAUACUCCUCUCUUUGAUAAAAAAAACAACAGAGCUUUUGUUUACAACCUCUGUGUGUGUGUGUGUGUGUGUGUGUGUGUGUGUGUGUGUGUGUGUGUGUGUGUGUGUGUGUGUGUGUGUGUGUGUGUGUGUGUGUGUGUGUGUGUGUGUGUGUGUGUGUGUGCACUUGUACAAAAAAUAUUUGGUAUGAACAAGCUGCCAACGGGGCCAAAUGUCCCCUCAUCCACCACACUGAGACUUUCUGCAGGACACCGAGCUUAAUGAGUUUAAUAUUUAGAAUAUUUAGAAUAUUUUCAGCGACAUUAUUUCGUUUCUGAUUUUAACUACCGCUAAAAUAAAAAGGUUAUCUUCAGGACUCUGUUUUCUAACAAAUGAAGGAGACAGAGACGGUGUUAAAGCAAAGCCUGACAUUCCUCAUGAGACUCAGAGGAUCACAUGUGAUUCUGACUCAAAGGUGUGUCAUGAACUUCAUUUGAAUUGUGACUUUCUUUCAGAGAAGGUAAACUUUCUUUUUAAAGCUCGGACACACUGCUGGUGUCGGCGCCCUCCGCUGGCCGUUUUCUGUACUGUUCCUCAGACGCUGAGGUUUCCCCUCAACCUUCACAGCUUCACAUGGUUUACUUGUGUCUGCUGACAAAUGAUGGACAUCUCACUGAUCCUCCAGCAGCUUCCAAACGCUGCUGCUUUCAUGUUCACAUCUCCAUCAUUUCAAUCACCACGACUGAGGCCAAAGAUUGAUUCAACCUCAGUGUUCACUCUCAUUGGAGUGUCAUCACACGUGUCCCGACUCUUUAGCUGAGCCCUCGUCCUUUGAUUAAAGCUAGUUGUGUCCUUAUAAACAGUAAACGUCCUGUUUGUGAGCUCUGAAUGCAGAGGGAAACCUCACUGAUUCAAACGUCCUUGUUUUACAGUGAACUUCCACGAAGCCUUCAGAGGAGUGGAGCCCAUUUGUACC